AUGGUGGUGGUGGUGUUUGUGGUGGCGGUGGCGGUGGUACUGCUGCUCAAGAUGGGGUUCAUGAUGCUGCUGGUGCUGACCACAAGACGCCAAUCGACUACGAAGGUCAAGCUCCCUGGCAGGGAAAGACGACAGUCACGGGCCCUGAAGUCGGAAGAGAUCAAUAAAUUCGACAAAGACGUGAAAGAGCUAUUUCGUGUUUUUGACAAGGACGGUGACGGAACGAUCUCUACAGAGGAGAUGGGCAAAGCUCUCAAGACCCUGGGCGUGCCCUUGACCUACCAGGAACUUCGGAUGGCCGCCAAGUCCAUAGACAAAGAUAAAAACGGUAAGAUAGACUUCAGUGAGUUCCGGGGGUUUAUCCGGAAGCAGUUCAGACAGAAGGACAUCGAGACGCAUGCGUGGGAGACUUUCCGGUUAUUUGAUAAAGAUGGAAACGGCUCCAUAGACCGGAAGGAGCUAACACACGCCAUGAAGUCGCUAGGGGAGGAGUGUACAGAAGAGGAUAUCAGCGAGAUGUUGAACGACGCAGACGCUGACGGUGACGGAAAAAUCAACUUUGACGGUAGUAUUUAG